UUUGAGUCAGUUCAGUUUUCUUCCAAAAGUCAAGGCGGCUAUUACCAGCGAAUACAUACAUACUACAUCGAAUUUCAGUUCAGAUUCAGAUUAAUUAUUAAAAAUAAAAUGCCAAACCAAAGGCGAAUUAGACGAAAAAGGAGUUUAACAGGUCGAAGAGAAGAGAGCCGUAGUCAUGCAGGAUCUAUGGCAAGUUAUUUCAAAGCUGCCCUAAACUCCGUAGUUCUUCCGGAGUAUAGUUCGCUUGGGGGUUUGACUAAUAUAUGUUUACACUGUAAAGCAAAACAUUUCGGAAGUGAAAAGGUAAGAAAUGGCUUUACGACAUGUCGUCAUGGCGGAAAAGUUAAACUUCAAGAAUUACGUGUACCUGAGUUUUUGAAAGCUGUGUUAGAAAAUGAUUUGAGCUCUUGGCGGGGACACUAUUUGGAGAAUAUUCGGCAGCUAAAUAGUUCGUUUGCUUUUGCAUCGUUCGAAGAGAAAAUUGCAGAGCCUACAGGGCGCGGACCAUAUUGCUUCCGAAUACAUGGAUCAAUAUAUCAUGGGGUAGGUCCAUUGCAUGCAGAUCAUCCUUCAGAAUCCUCCUACGCCCAGCUGUUUAUUCUUGACACGGAUCAAGCAACUGAUAUAAGGGCACAACAUAAUUCAAACUGCGAUAGGUAUUUGCUGAGAGAAAUCCACGAAAUGCUUUCAAAUAUUAACCCCUUGGCAAAUGAGUAUAAGCAUAUGGCGCAGCUUGAACGCGAAGCGGAACAGAGGGCCAGAGAAGAAAAUCGCAAUGCUCGCCGAAUUAGCAUGUUACUUUUUAACAGCGCUGAUCGACGUUAUAAUUUGCCAAGCUGCUCAGAAAUUGCGGCCGUUUUCACAACAGAGGAUGGUGAACCACCUGGAAAUCGAAAUUUGCGAAUAUUUUCACGGAAAUCUGAUAUGCAGAAUUUAUUAUUUAUCUCAACGCUACAUAGGUUGUGUGAUCCAUUAGUAAAUCCGCUUUUGUUUCUUUAUGGCGAGUCAGGAUAUGAUGAAACUCUUCUGCAUGAACAGGGUCAUCGAACGGAAUGUAGAUUUAAAUUAACCCAACUGCAGUUUGUUGCUUACCGUAUGGCGAUAAGAGAAGGUUUCAGCUUGCUUUAUGCGUCAGGUAAACUUUGACAACAGUAUUUAGUUGACCAAUAUGUCAGAAUUGAAGGAGCACGUCUGGCAUUUCUGCGAACUCAUCAGAAAGAGCUACGUGUUGAAACAUAUGCUGGUUUGCAUGACUACUUAAUGCGUGGUGCAAAUAUGGAAAGUGUUCGUCCUGGUCGUAUAGUUGUACUUCCUUCAAGUUUUGUUGGCUCUCCUCGAAAUAUGAACAUGCAUUACCAGGAUGCUAUGGCUAUCGUUAGAAAAUAUGGAAAACCGUCGCUUUUCAUAACUUUUACAUGCAACCCAAAAUGGCCAGAAGUCAUUCAGAACAUUGAGAGAUACCAGGGACCGGAAAUGCGUCCAGAACUGAUAGCCCGGGUUUUUAAGCAGAAGCUCAAUGAGCUUAUGAAAGAUAUUUCCCAGUGGAAUUUGUUUGGAAAGGUGAAAUACUACCUAAAUUUCAUUGAGUUCCAAAAACGGGGUCUACCACAUGCCCACAUCUUAGUAGCACUUCACGAAGAAGAUGUUAUUCGCGAGCCUUCUGAAAUUGACCUGGUUGUUUGCGCUGAGAUUCCUAAUGAGGAGGCAGAGCCUGAGUUGUAAUGUAUGAUUCAUGGCCCAUGUGGAGUACUUAAUCCAUCAUCGCCCUGCAUGACUGAUACGGGAAUUUGCUCCAAAAACUAUCCGAAAACUUUUCAUGCUAAUACGCUUUCAAACGUUAUCAGCUAUCCUCAAUAUCGCCGCCGCAAUGAUGGAAAUAAAAUAGUUGUUCGUGCCAAUAAACAUUUAAUUGAAAUAGACAACCGAUGGAUAGUCCCAUACAACAAAUAUCUGACCAAAAAAUACAGUGCCCAUAUUAAUGUCGAAAUAUGUUCAUCGAUAAAAAGCGUUAAAUACCUCCACAAAUAUAUUUACAAAGGAUAUGAUUGCGCAACAGUUCAAAUUAUUGAACACCCAAUUGAUCGCGUGGAUAAUCAUGAUGAAAUAUUUACAUUUAUAGACGCUCGAUAUGUUAGUGCGCCUGAAGCCUGUUGGAGGCUUUUGGAAUUUUCAAUGCAAGACAAGUCGCACAUGGUAAAAGCUUUAGCCGUUCACCUUCCAGACUCACAAAAUAUUUAUUUUCGUGAUGAUAAUGCUGCGAUUUCUGAUACCCUUGCUCGAUGCCGCGAUACCACUUUAACCGCAUAUUUUAAAUUGAAUGCGAUAGAUCCAUUUGCGAAUACUUCGUUGUAUUAUCAAAUUCCUGAGUACUAUACUUGGCAAGAUGCGUCGCGCUCAUGGCAAAGAAGAAAACGACCGAGUAAUGCAAUUUGUAGAAUGUAUACGGUCGAUCCAAAAAAUCGGGAACUCUUUGCUUUACGUUUAUUACUUACUUCGUUAAAAGGAUCGAGGUCGUAUUCAGAUAUAUUAACCGUGAACAGGGAACAUCUCUAUUCUUAUUGGGAAUCAGCAGUAAAGAGAAAGUUGCUAGCGGAUGACACAGAGUGGACCGCUGCACUUGAAGAAGCAUCUGUCUUUAAAAUGCCUGUGCAACUGAGACGUAUAUUUGCAAUCGUAAGUUUAAUCGAUUGAAGGCAAUGCAGUAUCAACAAUAGCAAACUAGAAAUUACUUUUAAAAUUUUGAUUUUCUGUGAUGUAUGUACAUUUGUAUGGUACAUACAUAAAUAUGGGAUACUUUGGUUGCGAAUCUACGCAUAGCAACGUAAAUCAUACAACAACAACCACUAGGCGUUACUGUUAAAAAAUUGAUAAUA